AUGAACAGUGCACCAACGGAAGCCCAGGCCCCAGGCCACCGCGAGUGCCUCCUGCCCUCUGUGGCUCGCACCCCCUCUGUCACCCAGGUCACGCCAGCCAAGAAGAUCACCUUCCUCAAGCGAGGGGACCCCCAGUUUGCCGGGGUUCGCCUGGCUGUUCACCAGCGCGCCUUCAAGACCUUCAGCGCCCUGAUGGACGAGCUCUCCCAGCGCGUGCCCCUCUCCUUUGGGGUGCGCUCUGUCACCACACCCCGGGGCCUGCAUGGCCUCAGUGCCCUGGAGCAGCUGGAAGAUGGUGGCUGCUACCUCUGCUCUGAUAAAAAGGCUCCCAAGACCCCCAGUGGGCCAGGCCAGCCGCAGGGAAGAAGCCCCUCUGUCCAGCAGUCUUGGGAUUUUGAAGGCCAGCGUGAGGCACCAGGAACAUCCUCUUCCUGGAAGGGUCCCAAGGCCCCAAGGAAGAUACUUCUGGUUAAGAACAGGGAUCCUAGAGUCCAGCAGAUGGUGACUCUCAGUCAGAGAGAUACCAGGACCCUGGCGGCCUUUCUCAGCAAAGCCUCAGAUCUUCUGCACUUUCCCGUGAAGCAGAUUUACACAAUGAGCGGAAGGCAGGUGGACUCCAUGCAGACUCUGCCUCGCAGCACUUCCGUGCUGGUGUGUGCCAGUAAUGAGGCCUUCAGACCGCUGGCUGUGGAAGAUGCCAGAAAGAAUGGGACUGAAACUUUAGCUGGGCUGACUGCAAAGAACAAAAAUGGGAGCUGGGGGCCAAAGGCCAAACGGAGCGUGAUCCACGCCAGGUCCAGGUCCAGGUCGGGCAGCAGGCCGCGGCGGUCUUCCUUGCUGUCAGAGCAGUCCAGGCUCAGUGACCCCCCGGCAUCCCUGAAUCAAGCCUGGGUGGGCCCUGUUCCCAAUAGGCGCCCUCAGGACAUGCCCACCCAGGCCAGCCCCUUGGUGGCCAGCGAUGGCAUGAAGAAGAAGGUCCGUAUGAACGAGGAUGGCAGCCUGUCCGUGGAGAUGAAAGUCCGCUUCCACCUCUGUGGCCAGGACACGCUCCUGUGGUCCCGGAGGGCAGGGAAGGCCAGCGGGGAGGGCCCCGACCUGGGGGAGGCAGACCCCCUCUGCUGCGUGUGGGAGGGCCACCCUGUGGGCUGCUCAGUGCCUGGGGUGUGGGGGCCGGGGCCCUGUGGGGCGGGGUGCGAGGAAGUCUGUGGCCAAAGCGGGCCAUCACGGCCCAGAUAUGAGAUCUGGACGAACCCCUUGCACACAGCCCAGGGAAAGGGGCUGGCUUCUCGGAGGAAGUUGGGGCUGACCCAGCACCCUGGCUGCAGAGGCCCCUCAAGUCAAGGGGCCACCAUCAGGGAGAGACCCCAGGAUAGCAUCAGCUCUCCCUCUAGCUCCGGCCCCUCUGAGGGCUCAGAGCCAGAUUCCUCUUGCUGUCCCAGGACCCCAGAGGGUGGAGUGGGCAGCAGUGGUCUCUCUGCCCAGAGCGGGGCCAGGAGGGAAGCUGACCCAUGCCCAGAGGCAGCAGGGCUGGGCAGCUGGGGUGCCAAAGGAGCUCUUCCUGACUCAUUGGCUGGGGCUAGGUCUCUCCAAGGGGGCAGCAAGUGCUGCGGGCAGCACCAGGGCCACUCAGGCGAGGCAGGGGCUGUGACAUCCCAGAGGAAGUUCACCCAGGGAAGUGGCCCAGGUCCUCCAACCCUGAGUCCCUCAUCUUUAAAGAAUGAGGACCUACAGGCAGAGACAUGUGGGCAGGGCACUGGGUGCUGCAAUGCCAGGUGGGAGUCUGUGACAAGGCUGCCCCUGGCUCCAGGCCAUUCUGGUUCCUGGGACACGGAAGGAAGCUCUCCCACACCUCCCACCUUUGCCUCAGCCCAGCAGGGGACAAGAAACCAGAGGACACAAGCUCAGUCCCUCCUCCACACUCCUGGCCUUGGCCGAGUGGCUCAGAGAGGCCAUACCAGGCAAUGUCACCACUGCCUGCUAGACUCACCUGCAGCUCAGCCAACGCCAAGGCCUCCCAACCAAGGAAGGUCCUGCCCAGAACGGCCAGAGCCACAAGUUUCUGAAAGCUCCUCGAGCACCCAGACACAGGCCUCCAGGGACCUGCGAGCCCUCUGCUCAGGCUCUCUGCACUACCGGGACUUCCCCGGGGCCAGCAGUGCCACUGUGUCUCCUGCAAGCAAGUCAGACUACACUUCUGGUUCCUGCCACUGUGAUGCUCCUUCUGCUGGGGGGACAGGGGAAGCAGGGUCCAGGGCAGGCUCACUGCCGCCAUCUCCUCCCCACACACCCCAGUCCUGCUCUCAGGCCAGGGCUGGCGGCCAGCGGGAAGAGGCAGAGGACACCCCUGAACCUUCCACGACCUUGGCCUUACAGGUCGGAUGGCCUGAGCGAGGAGAACAGGGUCAUUGCUGCUCACAGUUUGGGGCACCCCCAGUCCAAGGGGCCCCCAGCGGUAACACACGGGCACUGUGGGCCCCCUCCCCUGAGGCCCACUGGGCGGGCAGCAGAUACUGCCCCACCCCACCUAGGGAGAAGCGGCCUCCCAGCUGUAGUAGUGGCAGCUUCCACAGUGCUGUCCGGGGGCCAGCUGGGAGCCAGCAGAGGGAGGAGUCACCUGCAGUGGGGUGCACCCUGACGCCCGGCCCCAGGGGGCCAUCCCAGGAGAAGACUGCCAUGGGUGGAGGAGGCCCAGAGGAGCGGGAGGACUGUGGUGGGGUGACUCCGGGUGCUCUGCCCCAAGCCUCACCAGAUGCCAUGGUCCGAGAAUGGCUGGACAACAUCCCGGAGGAGCCUGUUCUCAUGAACUAUGAGAUGGCAGAUGAGGCUGCACGUGUGGCCAGGGAUGGCCCAGGGAGUCCCAGGGAGGACCCUGGGGAUGGCCGUUCUCCAGAAGGCCCAGGGGUGCUAGCUCAGAUCAGGCCCCAGUCCCCUGAAGGGGAUGCUGGUGAGAACCUAGAGGCAGCUGGGGCCCUCCUGGGGGCUGGUAGUGCUGGUCUCUCAUCAGGAGAAUGUCCUCCCCAAGGGGCAGCUCUGGGCAGAGAUCCCAAAGCCCCCGUGGAGGCCAGAGAGGGUGGAGGGGUGGUGGUGGGCUCUCAGGAGGGCCAGCGGAGGCUUCCUGCCAGGGUGUCAGCCUCCACACAGAUCCUGAAGGUGCUGAUGGGCUUCAAGCAGGGCCGGCCCAGCAGCCUGCCCGAAGUGUCCAGCCCAGUGGCCAGGAGGCUCAGCCACUCGGCUGGGGCCCUUGUCACCUGUCUGGCCAGGCUCCACUUCCUUGAUGAAGAUCUUGGAUCUCCUACUGGCAAAGUGAAGUUCACGGACUCUCCUCAGUACCAGGAGCUGCUCAGCAUCUCCCGGACUCUGUGGCCAGGGUGCAACCUUGGCCAAGACCAGGCAGACUUGGGCCUCCAGGAGCUCACAUGGAGCCAGGCUCUGCAGGGCCUUGGAUCCCAUGCCGGGACUGAGAACCUCACACCAACAUCCUCCUCUGGCGUGGACCUCAGCAGCGGCUCAGGGGGCUCAGGGGAAGGCAGCGUCCCCUGUGCCAUGGACUGUACCCUGGGCCCCGAGAGGGGAAAGCUACCACAGGAAACCUUCCACCAAAGGCCUGAUUCCAGAGCCUCGGAGGAAGCAGAGUGUCUGGGACACCCACAGAAGAGCUGCUCCCCAGCCUCCCCUAACUCGCCUGCCCCCAGCGAGGGUCGGGUCGAGAGAGAUGGCAGAGAGCCAGGGCUGGGCAGUGACCCAGGGCAGGCAGUUGGAAACGCCACACAGCAGGAAGGGGCACAUUUAGAGAAGAUUGGAGGAGAAAUAGAAAGACAAGAAGAAGGCACCAAAGAGGAAGGGCUUCCUGGAGAGGGCAGGGCGGGCAGCCAGGGCUGGGCAGGGGCCAGCUGCCCAGGCAGGGAAGGCUCCCCAGGGGAGGAGGGGGCCAAAGAGGAGGAAGAUGCCCCCGUUGUGGGGAGAGGGGAGCUCACAGAGCCCCCUGGUCAGCUCAGUGAGAGGGACCCAGAUGUCACUGCAGGUCAGAGUGGCCCUAGAUUUGCACCCAUUUUGGAAAAGCUGCCUGGAGCAGCCAGAACAGGCCAGGAGCAAACCCAGGCCUUGCUGCCCCUGGGGGCCAGAGAAAGGAGCACCCUCAUGGCCGGCAGAGCAUCGCUGGAUCCUGACCGCAUCUGGGUGUCCGCAAUGCUGAAGAAGAUGGAGAAGGCCUUCCUGGCCCACCUCACCAGCGCUGUGGCUGAGCUCCGGGCCCGCUGGAGCCUGCAGGACCACCCUCUGCUGGACCAGAUGGCGGCCGAGCUGCAGCAGGACAUGGGCCGGAGACUCCAAGGCAGCACCCAGAGGGAGCUCCGGAAGAUCCAGAGCCGGGCUGGGAGGGGGGCUCCAGGGCCCCCGAGAGAGGCCCUCAGGGGAGAGCUGUCCCUGCAGACGGAGCAGCGCAGGCGCUGCUUCCGGGACCUACACAACUUCUCGGUCUUCUCCCAGCGGACCCAAGGCCUGGGCACCCUCUCCUUGGAGGACAGGCCGGCCCUCGGUGCAGCCCUAGGGACCCGACUGGGCAGGGAGGCUGAGGGGGAGGAGUUCUGUCCCUGUGAGGCCUGCAUGAAGAAGAAAGUGAGCCCUGUGUCCUCAAAGGGUCUGGUGGGCAUAACCAGAGCACCCAUCAAAGAGGCCUUUGACCUGCAGCAAAUCCUGCAGAAGAGAGGCGGGCAUUCCAGUGGGGAUGCAGCUGAAGUGACCCCUGAGAAGACAGGGACAGAGCCGCUUCAGGAGGACCCCUCGAGCCCCCAGCCCUCUCAGGGAGCUGAUGAUGGGCUGGGGCUGGAGCUGGGACCUGGGGUGCAGGGGGAGGACAGCCAGCGAUGCGGCAGAGAUGACUGUCCAGAGCCAGAGGGGACAGAGGGGGCUGGCCUCAAGGAAGGUGGUGAAGAUGCCGCUGCUCAGAGGGGAGAAGGGAACAGCCUGGGGGCAGCAGAGAGGGAACAAGAUAGAAACCAGGGCCCUGGGGACAAGGGUAGUUUAGAGGAUGAAGCCCCCGCUGGAGCUGACCAGAUUCUAGUAGGACAAAGAGAUGGUGCAGAAGGUGAAGGGGAAGGUCGGCCUGGGUCAGCAGGGGAAACUCAAGGUGACAGAGGAGGGAGCCCCCGGGUUAGCCCAGAGCAGGACCAGUCAGAGGAGGCUUCUCAAAACAGCAGCUUGGACCAAGAGGGCAGGUCCAUACCACCCCCUACCCCAGGGGGAGACACACCCCGACAGAACCCAGGCCCUUCCUCCUCCAGGCCAUCCUGCCUGGGCAGCUGCUCUCAGAAAGGCUCAGAAGACGGUACAAGUGGGGACAUAAGAAACACUGAGGCUGAGUCCCAGGAGAUCUCUCAUGCAGAGAGAAAAGUCAUCAGGAUGUAUCCUGAAAGUUCUACUUCUGAGCAAGAAGGGGCCCCUUCCUGCCCAAGGACCCCAGAGCAGAGGGCCAGCGAGGGUUCUGACCUACAGGAUGAGGAGUCAGCUACAAGGCCACUCUUCCCUGGGGAGAUGUGCAAAGCACAUGGCAAAAGACUUGCCAAGGGCACGGCCCACACCAUGCUGUCCCUGGUUCUAAAUUCAGAAGCUUCAGAGAGCCCCAGGGCCUGUCCCACACACAGGGUGAAGGAGAGCUUCACAGAGCUGACCUGUUAUCAGAGCCGUGCAGUCUGGAGCAAGUUGCCAAUGUCCCCGUGCCACAGUUUACCCAUUGGCCUCCCACCUAGCUGGUUCCGGGAAUUCACUGGAUACCUGUUGUGGCUGGAUUCCAUACAUCUCCGUCUUCUCAAAGCUGUGACACAGGUAAUUGGUGUCACCUCUGUUGAUCGCAUGCCAAGUGCUGACAAAACAGGCCCUAACAGGGAGCUCUGCACUGUCCCUGAUUGUGUGGGGGAGGGGCUGCUGGGAGCUGACCCGGCUAGGCCCCUGGGGACUGGGGGGUCACUGAGCGGGUGGCAGCCAGUCCAGUCAGACCAGGCAGCAAAGACCGCAGAGAGCCCGGCGCAGGGACUGUCUCUCAGUGGCCUCCUCCUUGGGCUAUUCCUGACCAGCCAGCCGCUGGCUACCUUUGAGAGAAGCUCCCAGCAGCGGCCCUGGGAGCAGCAGGCUGUGGCCACAUGCACGGAAGGCUGGAAGGGCCCUUCGUGGGUGUACAAUUCCCUGGCUGCACCCGCCCCACUAGCACAGAGGAGGCUGCCCGAGGAGGGGUUAGGAGCACAGUCUCCAGCCCGGCCCCUGGGACCUGCAAAUCCUUCCUCGCCCCCGCCAGCCUGGGAGAGUCCCCACCACCAGCUCAUUGUCCCUCUCCUGCCACUUUUCCCCUGCCGCAUUGUUCCCGUUAUCAGCAUCCUACAUGCUGCAGCGGCUGCACAGGAAGGCGAGGCUGUCGCCCAGGCUGCACUGGCCGGCCCAGGUGUCCUGCUGGGGGGGGCUGCCACACAGUCAGCCCGCGGUCCUGUCCCAGCGUCCUUCCCAGCUGCCUGCUUCACUGGGGUGGUGGAGAACCCGGCAGAUGGCAGUGGUCUUGGGGGAGCGGGGAGUAUCCUGGUCUCAGCACUUGGGUAG